AUGGAUUUAUCGUUUAUACCAAAAGAACUUCGGGGAAAAGACAUCUAUAAAAUUCUUGGGUUACAUAUAAACGAUUGUAAUAACGAGAAUGCAAAAAAUAUUAUAAGAAAGAAAUAUUUAAAAGCAGCAUUAAUUUUACAUCCUGAUAAAAAAGAAGUACACCAUCAAAAGAAAGAAGAAGAAGAAGAAAAAGUGUAUGCUGAAAAUUUUGCUACGUUAAAAAGUGCAUAUGAAUUUUUAUUAAAUGAGCAUUUAAGAAAAAAAUAUAAUUUAUAUUUAGAAAAAAAAGGUAAGGCAGUUAAUAAUACACCUGUUAAUAAUACAAGUCUUAAAAGAUACUUGGAUAAAAAAAAAUUCCUUUCUUUUAAUCUUGAGAAACUUAAUUUAAAAAAAAAGUUAGAAGAAAAAGAAAAAAUAGCUCAAAGGCUAAAUCAACAUAAUAGUAUAUCAAAAAAAAAAAAAUUAAUAAUAAAUAAAAACAAAAACCAAAACAAAAACAAUAAUGAUAAUCAUUAUAAUGAUGAACAACACAAUUUAAAAGAUAUUAAAAAACAAAAUGAAGCCUUUAUGAAAAAAAAUAAAUCGAAACAUUUUUACAAAAACAAAAGAGAAAUCAUAGAUCAAAAUGAAAAAAUUAUUGAAAUUUAUUUAAAAAAUUAUCAACAAAAUGUAAAAUUAUUACAAUCAUAUAUAGACAAAAAAAACAUCCUCAAGUUUUUUAUUAACUUUAAUUUUAAGAGGUAUUCUUUAAACUUUAUUAACCACGAGGAACAUGACACCAACUUUGAUAAAAAUAAUGAUGGUAAUAAAAAUGAUGAUAAUAAUAAAAAUAAUGAUAAUAAUAAAAAUAAUGAUAAUAAUAAAAAUUAUGAUAAUAAUAAAAAUAAUGAUAAUAAUAAUGACCAAGUUAAAGUGGGGUAUUUAAUUUUUAGUCAUCGUUUUGAAACCAUACGAGCAUAUUUACAUUACAAAAAUAACAUAAAUGAAAUUAAUAAAAAUUUUAUUUUAAAAUUACGAGUUCCAUGUGAUCAAAAAAAAAAUAAAAAUUGUAAAAAAAAAAAUGGAAAUGAGGAUGAGGAUGAAAAAGAUAAUAUUGAUAAAAUUAUGAAUGAAAUGGUAAAUGAGUUAGACAAAAUCUUUACAUCAUAA